GUGUAGUGUGAAUUAUUUUUGUGCUUAGAGGAGUCCUUUUUUAUUCCUGCUUCACACUUUUUCAAAUUUAGAAAGUAACAUGGGUGAAUUCGCGGCAAGGUUUGGCUUGGAUGAGCUGAGCGGCGGAGCUGUGGGCAUCGGAAGGGCAGUGCUCGCUGAGUUCAUCGGUAAUCUUCUGCUGAACUUGUUCGGAUGCGGUGCGUGUGUGAAUGUGACGCUAGGAGCAAACGCUGCGCCAAACAUCGUUCUCAUAGCACUUACAUUCGGCUUAGCCGUUUUCGCUGCUGUCUCUGCUAUAGGCCACAUCUCCGGAGGGCACAUAAACCCAGCUGUAACAGCUGGUAUGCUCGCAACGGGUCGCAUCAAAGUAGCGCGUGCUGUCCUCUACGUCAUCGCUCAGUGCGCAGGCGCCGCUGCUGGCUCCGGACUCUUGAAGGCUCUCACACCUGAGCGUGCAGCUGGAAAACUUGGCACUACAGGACUGGGCAGUGACGUCACUGAGCUACAGGGCUUCGGUAUCGAGUUCUUCCUUGGAUUUAUUCUGGUCUUCGUUGUUUGUGGGGUGUGUGAUCCCAACAAACCCGACAGCAAAGCCAUCGCACCACUUGCUAUCGGUCUUACCGUGACGCUAGGUCAUCUCCUUGCAGUGGACUACACCGGUUCUGCCAUGAACCCAGCUCGAUCCUUCGGCUCUGCUGUCGUUGCUAACGACUGGGCUAGUCAUUGGGUGUACUGGGCAGGUCCAGUAGCAGGUGGAAUUGCAGGAGCUCUGUUGUACGUACACGGCUUCUCGGCCCCCCCUCUAGACAACAUCACCCCGCCGAGGUACAGGGCUGUCGCUGGUGACGAGAAAGAACUGAAGCGCCUGGACGGCAAAGCCGAGGAUUUGGCCUGAAACAGAGAAGACGGGCGCCCCGUUCGUCCGACCCUUGCGGUGCCCAGAGAUACACGUCACUCAACCGUCUACCACCAGCCCUGAUCUCGAACCUGACUGGCCUUACCUGCCUUGAGUUAAUGUUUAAUAUGUUCACAAGUCCCUAACUAACAAAAAAAAGCUGUCAAACGCUGCACCCACGUUUUUAUCACAGUAUAACAAGUCUAAAAAUUAUUUAAAAAACAAAAACCCGACUGCAAAGAUAUUUUGCUGGAAAGAUAAACAAAAAUAUUCCCCCUCACUAUUUUGAUUAUUUUUAUAGCCUACGACCCUCCCACAAUCAAGAUUAAUCUAACCUAAUAUCUCAAAAUCCAUCUAGCUGUUUCGGCUGCACAGCGUGAAAAAAUGGACAUACAUAUAUUCCUACACUUGAAAAACAUAAUCCUCCCGCAGUCGGGUAAAAAAUAGUUUACUUAAGAUACAGGCCUCUAAACAAUACUAAUUGAAGAUUUUUUUUUUCGUAUAAUUCUUGGCAACACAGAAAUAGAACUCUAAAGGAACUACGAGGACAAAUUAUGGGUCCAGGGAACAUAAUUACGCAUAAAUAAAUAUAGCAGCUAGUAUGAUAUUCUAAGUACCGAUUUGUUGGGCCAACAAUCGCGUGAACGACAAAUUUCAAAUGUAAUAAUAUCUAAAAUGACAGCUAAUAAUAACAAAGGUAAAUGUGAACAACAUCGCAAUCACAGUUGAAAUAUUUUUAUUUUAGUUGCAUUUCACGAAUUGGUUAUACAAUUUACAGUUCACCGAUUUAUUGCCCAACAAAUUGGAAAGCCUAUGGAACAUAACAAAUUCUAGUAAAAAGUAAGUACGGUAGACACCACCCAUGCGACUUGAUUUCGGUAAAAUUAUCACAAUAUUUCGAUCAAUGAACUUCAUGCCGUCUUUGUUUUCAAAUCACGGACAAAAUGUCAUUUACUAAAUAGUAAAAACAACAUAGUAUACGGAGUUGGGACACUGAUCACAAAUACUCGAAUGUUAUUUAACAUGCAUUUUAAAUACAAUUCUUUAUAUUUUCGCUUCUUUUGAAAAUUUUAAGUGGCAUUCGAAAAUUAUGUGGUGAAUUUAAGAAGUUUUUAAUAAAAAAUUACCUAUACGAUGCACGGACAAAAAGACUUUUCCCAUCGACAAAUAAAAAGGUCUCUUUUAGUCCAAAAUGUAAAUUAUUGCACAUCGUUUUAAAAAUUUUCGAACAAUUUAAAGGCUUCGCGAUGUUCGUGAUUUAGUGAUCACCUCAUAUGCGCCCGCACACCAUGGAAAGAAGCUAAUCUGUAGUAACAAAGCAUGGCGUAAAAUAGCCGGAGCCGGUGUACACUGACAGGGUUGUCAUUCCGUAAUUGGUUAAUGAUUAAUAUAAAAGGGCGGAGCCGGUGUGUGGCUGUCGGCAAUCGUCGGCCAUGCGAGAACAUAUGGAAAAUCACGAACCGUGUGAGACCGCCUUAAUAAAGGAUGUAGAAUUUAAUCUGCGAUUUUAUAUUAUACGAAUAUUAUAAGUACAUAUUAAUGUAAGUUUAAAACUUUUUAAAUCUUUCUAUAUAAAAUGCUUCAAUUUAUUCAGCUUUAUGAAAAUUGUUUUAAUAAUUUUAAUCUCUACAGUGAAUCAUGUACAACACACCAUACGUAUGUACGUAUAAUGCACAAAUGUAAAGAAUUCGAUAUGAAAUUAGUCCAAACAUUGAAAAAUCCGAACGUCAAUUAUGUGUUCAAACUGUCUUCGCAUGAAUGAACUUUGGUAUAUAAUCUAUGUAAGUUGAGGAAAACCAUUAAACGAAACUCCGCUAACCACACAAAAGUAAUAUUAAAUUUAUGUAAAAGCACACAAGUUAUAUCUUGACUUCUACACAAUAUUAAAAUUUAAUAUUUCUACUGAACUUAAACGUUAACCGCCAUUGCACUGAUACUGUCGUCUUACAACAGAGAUGAAACUAUAGGAAAGAACAAUUCUUUGAACCCAUUGCUUUCUUUUGGAUCCUUCGUUGUCGAGUAAUAUUUAUUUAGUACCUGCCUGA